UUUUCAUGAUUGAUUUCGUAGAAUUUUAAAUUUUUACUUUGUUAGUCUUUGUUAGUGGCAGUGAUUGUCUUAUCAUUAAAGGUAAUUAGGUAAUAAUACCUUAUUAUCAGUGACUACAAUAUAAGGGAAAUAAUUUAAAUUUAUAGUUCAUCCCUGAUACAUGUUGAGACGUCUGACUCUGUUAACGAUCAGGAGAUCAAUUCACGUUUCGGCAAAACUAACCCAAGGCAUGACGAUCGACGGAAAUACAAUAUUGGCGGAGAGUCUGAAGAAACAAGGAAUAGAAUAUGUAUUUGGUAUAGUUGGUAUACCUGUAAUAGAGACUUCCAUGGCUUUCCAAGCAGCUGGCCUUAAAUACAUUGGCAUGCGGAAUGAGCAGGCGGCAUGCUAUGCUGCUCAGGCCAUAGGAUAUUUAACUGGUAAACCCGGAGUAUGCUUAGCAGUCUCUGGGCCAGGUCUAUUGCACUGUGUGGGUGGGAUGGCAAAUGCCCAAGUCAACUGCUGGCCUUUAUUGGUCAUAGCUGGUUCAUGCCCUGAAGACCACGAGGGCAUUGGUGGCUUUCAGGAGUGGCCCCAGGUGGAUUCAAGUCGGAUGUACUGCAAAUACACUGCGCGUCCGCCAUCGCCCCGCCUGAUCCCGUUGCACGUAGAGCGCGCAGUGAGGCUCGCUUCCGCCGGCCGCCCCGGCGCAUCCUACCUCGAUAUGCCGGGAACUUUACUCAUGGCCGAAGUAGACGAAGAGAAAGUUCCUAUGGACUUCUAUAACGCUGAGCCAGUCAAACUUGGCCAUCCUGACCCGGCAUUGGUUUCUCGCGCGGCAGAACUCUUGUCUUCAGCACAGCGCCCUCUAGUGAUUGUAGGCAAAGGAGCGGCCCACGCCAGAGCAGAGGACGCCAUCACCAAACUUGUUGAGAACACGAAGCUACCGUUCCUCCCUACACCUAUGGGUAAAGGUGUAGUUCCCGACUCGUCGCAACAUUGCGUAUCGACUGCGCGUACGCAGGCGUUGUUAAAGGCUGACGUGAUUCUGUUGUUGGGCGCGAGAUUAAAUUGGAUGCUGCACUUCGGACAACAGCCACGAUUCGCGCCAGACGUCAAGAUAAUACAGGUGGACAUUUCUCCAGAAGAGUUCCACAACAGCGUGAAAUCCGAACUGGCGAUUCACUCCGACAUAAAGCCAUUCACAGAGUCUCUUGUGCAGAAGUUAGCUGAGAAGAAGUUCUCAUUGCAACCUUCGAGCCACGCCUGGUGGCAAGAGUUGCAGAAGAAACAGAAGGCCAAUACUGAGUUUGUUGAGGCACAGGCAAACGACAAAACUGUGCCACUAAACUACUACGCAGUAUUCAAGACAGUUCAAGCGAACAUUCCAAAGGAUUCAAUCAUCGUGAGCGAAGGCGCCAAUACUAUGGACAUCGGCAGAGGGAUGUUACUCAAUGAGAAGCCCAGACACAGGCUUGACGCGGGAACAUUUGGGACUAUGGGCGUUGGUCCGGGCUUUGCUGUCGCAGCAGCGAUGUGGUGUCGCGACCACGCUCCCGGGAAGCGGGUUAUUUGUGUGGAAGGGGACUCCGCAUUUGGCUUCUCAGGCAUGGAGAUCGAAACGAUGUUCCGCUACAAACUGCCAGUGGUGAUAGUGAUAGUCAACAACAACGGAAUCUACAGCGGGUUCGAUAAGGAUACCAUGAGGGACAUACAGGCCGCUGGCGAUCCUACGCAGUGUACCCCACCAACAUCGCUAUCCUGCGAGGUGCGCUACGAGAAAAUGAUGGAACUAUUCGGAGAAACCGGCCACUUCUGCCGCACCACCGACGAGAUCGAAGCCGCGCUGAAGAAGGCGCUCGCGGUCACAGACAAACCCAGUAUUAUCAAUAUAGCUAUCAGUCCCCAAGCCAAUAGGAAACCUCAAACUUUUAAUUGGCUGACGGAAUCUAAAUUGUAAAAAGGAUUUUAAAAAUAAACCGACCUUUGAGCGGAAUCAUAUUAGAACCUAACCGAUUUCUGUCCUAAGACAUACUCAUCUCUGUAUGACUUUAAUUUUCAGGUUUUAGACAGACGAACACUUAUACGUUACCUAUACGUUUUUGCAGUCGGUAUAAUAAGCUACCAAACUAGGUCAUGUCUAUAUCUUCUAGGAUUCCAAAAAUAAAGACACUAUGACUCAUGUGGCAUUUAAAUGGUAAAUAAUAUUAACUUGCUGUAUGCAGUUGACUAAUGCUGCUAUCCCAAGUGCAUUAAAGUAUUAUUAAUACAUAUAUGUAUAGGAUAUUUACUACCUUUAGCUGCAAAAAAGGUUAUAGGAUUUUAUUAAUGCUUGAUGGAUUUUUUAUUGUAAAAUAAACUGCAUUUAAAAUGUUAUUCUUGUAAGAAAUUGUCAUAAUUUCCCUUAUUUGUUGAUUUUCUACUUGUUUUUAUGUGCAAUAUAUGAACCUAGCUUUAAGAAAAAUAUUGUAUAUUUUUAUACCAAGUUUUUAAAGGGAAAAUGUUGUAAAUAAAUCAAAGUUUUAAUCUGAUAUUGUCUGUAAUUGAGUUAUACUUAAAUGGUCACAUCACAUUGUUUGUAUAUAAUGAACUUAAAAAUAUAUAUUUAAUACAUUUACAUUAAAAACUAAA